AUAUUGUUUUAGGGUUUUAUUGUGGGAUUGAGUGAGGGAAUAGUUUUCACGAGAGAGCUUUGUGUGCAUUGAAUCGAUUGCGAUGGCGGAUAUGGAUAUCGAUCAACCGGCUUUGGAUUUGCCUCUGAUCGCUGCAGCGGCAUCGGAAUUUUCGAAUUACCCAGGGGAUAUUUCGGACGCUUCUGCGGAGAGUUUUCUGUCGAAGUUUCCGCUUCCCGUUCUUUUGAGUGCCCUUGAGACUGGGCGGGAUGUUCCGGGCCUCGAAUCGUCGGUUGCUUUAUCGUUAGAGAGGAUUUUUCAAACGGCGUAUGGGAAAAAGUUGCUUCCGCAGACGUUGAGUUAUGCAGGUGUUGGACUGAAAGCGGAGUCGUCGCUUGUGCGCAAGUUGACUUGCUCUGCGAUCGGGGAUUUGUUGGAGGGUGGUGAAACAGAUGGAGGCGCAGCGGUGCGGGCAAUUGCUGAAGCGCAUUUGGCUGCGCCAUUGCUUCUUGCUAUCGGCGAUGGAGAUGCACAUGUGGCCAAAGCGGCGGCCGAUGCAUUGGGCAAACUUGCUAGAAACCCCGGUGGUUUGGAGCUCAUAUUUACCGCCAAAGGUGCGGGGGCGGGAUUGCUUAAGGAUAUGGCCUCUCAGUCUUCUGCCACCGUCCGAAUUCGUGCUCUCUCUAUGGCUGCUUCAAUCUUUGGAAUAUCAGAGGAAGCAGCUGCCGCGGUUCAAGAUUCUGGAAUAUUCACUGUGUUGGCAGCAGAACUUGACAACAGUGAUGACAUGCUCGCGCAGCUGAACGCAUUGGAGCUCCUUUGCGACCUUGCAGCGACUUCCCAUGGUGCGAAGUUUCUUCUUGCAGGUAACCUUAUUGGUCGCUUAACCUCGACAAUAUGCAACCUCGCAUUGGAUUCUUUGGUGCGGUCUCGGGCUAUGACGGUAGCCGCUCGUCUUAUUCCUUUGUACGAUGAGUCUCCUGGAUCCCCUUUGUCUGUACGAGAAGCAUCAGGUAUUGUCCAUGCCUUCGGUGAGCUUUUAAAGCAUUUGGAAGAGCUGAACGAUAAGGGGCAGACUACAGAGACGACUGAGUACGAAAACGCUCUCAAUGCCCUCUCUUUUAUCGCGAAGACUGUUAAAGGAGCCGAGCUUUUAUUUGAUCAUACCAUGGUCAUACGACACAUGGUAAAAGCUGCCUUCCUGGAUCGUACUCUUUGUAUUAAACUUGCAGGCUUACAGGUCUUAGCUACGGUAGCCGGAUCAGAACGAGACCCCAGUAAUGUGUUGUUAAGUGAAAGCUCUGAAGCGCAGUUGAAGGAUAUGAUCUACUCUGCUGCCGAAGAAAGAUCACCAACUCGUACUCCCGCAGGAAUGUUUCUUAUAUUUUUUCAGCAGUCAACUGAGGUGAGACUCGCCAUGUAUCGCUUCACAUCCCCGAUGCUCGCGCGGCUUUGGUGUUUACGUGAGCUUUGUGCAUCUCGAGAAGUGGUCGAUUAUCUCUUAGAUGCCCGCUUGGAAAUUAGCAAAGAUUCAAUGGAAUGGCGGCAUGUGUGCUGUGUGGCUAUGACCACCGCACUAUCUGCUGCUAUUGAGCGUGGACAAAUCCCACCAACAGACACUUUGAGCAGAUUGGAAGAAUUUGUACGCAAAGGUCCUUUUCUGGGCAAAGAACAGCAGAAGGAGGCGAUUCCGAUUUAUGCAACUCUAGAGCGUAUGUAGAGUCAGCUUGUGGGAAAAACCUUUUGUAGCUAAAGUGUAUGUAGAUUUUGGGAAGGUGAAUAAGAUGAAGCGAAGUGUAUAGAAACUACCUCCUAAAUGCAACUUUCUUUUACCCCUUUCUUAACAUGCGUAUCUGAUUUA